AUGGCGCCCAAGGCCCUUGUCCCCUUCCUCGUCACCAUGAUGUUGGUGACGGGGGUGUGCAAUACCCUCCUCACCAAGUAUCAGGACAUGCAAUGCGUGAGGAAUUGUGACUCCCCAGACCCCCAGAAGCGAGUGACGUUUGAGCAGCCCGUUCUCCAGACACUACAGAUGUUUGUGGGUGAAAUGGGCUGUUGGCUCGUCCUGUUCGCCAUGGACAUCUGGAACAGCUUCAUCAUACCCCGAUUUACAUCCACGCCUCUAUUUGCCGAUGGAUACCAGUCCAUUAGUAACUCUGAAACCGACGCCGAUUACGAGGCAGACGACGAAGGCGGCGACAGACGUAAACCCGAAGAAGAUGUGAGAACACAACUGAGUGGGAAGAAUAUAUUGCUUCUCGCCCUCCCAGCUUGCUGUGAUAUCACUGGUACCACGUUGAUGAACAUCGGCUUGCUGUUCGUUGUGGCGAGUAUUUAUCAGAUGACUCGAGGUGCCCUUGUUCUCUUCGUUGGUCUGUUCAGUGUCAUCUUCCUCCGAAGGAAGCUAUAUUUCUAUCAGUGGUCUGCUCUAGUCUGCGUCGUUCUCGGGGUUGCCCUUGUUGGCCUUGCGGGCGCCAUCUUCCCCGAUCAACACAAGCCGGUGAACGUUACUCCUGGUGACGUCGACACAGUCACGGCGUUAUUUAGACGCGCCCAUGACUAUUAUUCUACCACUGAGAAGCAUAUCGAUCCUUUACGAGUCGUUUUAGGUGUUUUCUUGAUUGCUUUCGCCCAAAUAUUUACUGCAUCUCAGUUUGUGUUGGAGGAAUGGAUUCUCGAGAACUACGCCAUGGACCCAUUGAAGGUUGUUGGCUGGGAGGGAAUAUUUGGAUUCCUGGUCACUGCCAUAGCCAUGGUGGUUUUACAUUUCACUAUUGGCAUUUCGGAAAGUGGCAAGUUCGGAUACUUUGACGCAGUGGAGGGAUGGAGAAGCAUGUCCGAAAACAAGGCCGUUGCAGUAACGAGUAUUUUGAUUAUGAUCAGUAUUGGCGGCUUCAAUUUCUUUGGUCUCAGUGUUACGAGGAACCUCUCUGCCACCUCACGCAGCACCAUCGAUACUUCUAGGACACUCUUCAUCUGGCUUGUGUCCCUUGGUCUCGGCUGGGAGACCUUCAAAUGGCUACAGGUCGUUGGUUUUGCCAUGCUUGUAUAUGGAACCUUCCUCUUCAACGACAUCAUUACGCCGCCACUCAAGGCCUGUCUACCAUCUCCCGAUGAGGAAUCCCACCACCAACGACUCCUUCCUGAGGAGCCAAUGGAACAUAUAUAA